UGUCCAUUGCUUUUUUGUGUUUUUUUGUUUUUUUGCAAUCAUGAUGGAAGAGACGAAUUUCGAUUUGGGCAGCUUUGCCACCCCGUCGACAAGUGCUCUGCUUGGGACGACGGCGGGCAGCAGUGUGCAUCCGUCCACCUCGCACGGUUCCAGCGGUGGGCCCAGCGACGACCCGGACAGAGAGCAAGACGACGGCCAACAAGAAGGAGGAGGAGGAGCCAAUGACGAUUUGCUGGGCAUGCAUCAUCGCCAGACGACCUCGGCGGCUGCGUCUGCACAGCGCUUCAUUGACGACGACGAUGAUGAUGACGGCAAUGCUGGUGUCGAUGGUGGUGCGGACGGCGCCAUGGACCAGGCGAACGGCGUCGAGCGCGGGAAUCGCAACCGUAGCGCCACCGAUCCCAGCGGCGGCCGACUGCUCAACGCAGGUGCCAUUCACAGCCGCAGCAGUAUUAGUAGUAGUAGUAGCAGUAGUAAUAGUAGCGGUGGUCGUAGUGGUGGCAUCGCCAGCGGGAAUGGCACUCGAGGCACAGCUGCCUCAAGCUAUGCAAACCGCGGCCGCUUUGACGUCCAGUCAGUGUACGAACCGACGACGCACCACUUUGAGAAGCGAGCGUCAAGCCCAUCGUCGACCUACGUCGAUCUCAUUGCGGCUCCGGUCGAAUCGGUGGCUCCGUCAGCGUCUGGAUCUGGGUCGGCAUUGGGUCACUCGGGUGGACAACCUUCUGCCGUUAAUGCAAGCGCUGUUGCCGACGAUGGAGGCCUCGGUGGAACUGAGGACGGCAUUGUUCACGGCGAUGGCGAGGCUGCAGAAAUGCUUGACGUGACUGCCUUUUCGCGCUGGCUGACCUGCCUCUGCGUGAUUACGUUCGACCUUGAGCUGGGGCAGUCCAUGGAGUACAUGUACCCGCCGACGCGACUGACCGACCUUGAGAAGGCCAACAUUUGCUACCUGUCCUUCCCCGACUCCAACUCGGGAUGCAUGGGCGACACUGUGUUCAGCUUUCGCAUUCGAAAGUCGCAAGGGACCGACGCGGCGCGUGUGAAUGCACUCGUCGCUGCUGCUGUCGCCGGAGGCAGCAGCGCAGGCUCUGCCAGUCGCGUUGGCGCUCGGCUGCACGGCGAGCGAAGCGUACCGUCGGCUUCUCCGGCACCUCCCGCCUCGCCGAGCGCUUUUACACGGGUGAGCCGUACGGCUGGCCACGUGCCCUUCUCGCGCUCCGCCUCGUUGCAGGAUACUGGAGGCAGCACCGCCAUUGCCAAUGGAGCGUACUCUGCCGGCGGUCGAGCCGCCGCCAACUUGCCCGUCGGUCCCAUUUCAACGUUCUCGGCCGACGCAUCAACCUCCAGCUCCGCUGACAGUGACUCGUCCAGCGGCUCGGGCGCAGUGUCCAACUUUCUUUACGGCCACGUCUUUUUCCGCCAGAUUCGCGACGGCGGCUUGAAGCGUGGCUACUUUCAAAAGUCUGUCGUCAUUGUCUCUCCGUAUCCCUACCCAUCCCUGUACGGCAAGCUGGUGUCGCUGAUUGCCCCAGAGUACUUUGCCCACGGUCGCCCCUUGCUCGAGGCUGCCAGCCAAAACAUUAGCCGAUGGCCGGCGCCACGGCUGGGAGAAAACUAUGAGCUUCCCAUCCUCGGGCAUGUGCUGCGUCUGCGCAUUCCGGCUGUGCAUGAAAAGCCGUCCUUCUAUCAGAUGAGCAACGCUCCAGACCAUGACCCAGACGUCAUCCACGCAACUCUCGACGAUGUCAACCUGUACAGCGUUUUCAAGGCCGUGCUUCCCGAUCUCCAGACGCUGUGGGAGCUCGUACUCGUGUGUGAACCCAUUGUUGUGUUUUCUCCGUCGCCUGCCGUUUCGUCCAACGCUGUUCUGGGCUUGAUUAGCUUGAUCAAUCCGCUACAGUAUGCGUGCGAUUUUCGGUCGUAUUUUACCAUUCACGACUCGGACUUUAAAGAGUACACGGCGCGUAAUCGGUCGGUUCCGUCCGCCAUUCUUGGUGUGACCAACCCCUAUUUCAUCAAGGCACUCCAUCACUGGCCCAAUCAUGUGGUCGUGGGCGAGCCACUCAAACGCCAAAGUUCGCCCGUACCCGGUGCUCAGCCGUCAGGCUCGGGAUUGAGCGCAGCAGCUCCGGUCAAGUCGUUUGCCUUGUCUCCUGCCAGCAAGCGACCAAAGUCCGAGUGGAAACAGUGCGUCCAAGUUCAGUACAAGCCCCGGAUUGAGCGGUCAAAGGCGCUUCUCAAGCAACUGGAGUUUGACGCAUCCAUGUCCGACUCGGCGAAAACAGCUCUCUUGCGGCAACAUUUUGCAGCCCUGACGGAUGCAUUCAUGGGCCCGCUUGAGCGCUACUUUGCCAGUCUGCUCCCGCUCCAGCGUCACAUUUCCCCUUGGAAGCAUCUGCCUGCGCUGAGCCGCUUUGUUCCCGAAGAUUUUCUCAAGUCUGUCGAGCAGCUGGGCCCGCAAGUCACCUCCGGUCGCAAAGGCGAUUGGAUUGGCUUGUACAAGGCGUUCUUGGAAUGCCCGAACUUUAAGGAAUGGCACCAAGGCAAACAGCGGGAGGCAAACGAUCGCCUUCGCAAGCUGUACCUGGAGAAGGUCUGCGAAGCCGAUCUCGCGCAGUGGGUGCAGGACAAGGAUGAGCUUCACCUUGUAGACCUGUUGGUCCGCUUGCGGGAAGAGAUGACCAACCCUGCUUCGCAAAGAUUCAUUACGCCCGCCAUGUCACGCCAGUUUGGAGCUCAUAUUGAUCUUAUUCUAAGCAAGCUUCCGAACGAUCUGCGUGCGUCUUUGGGCAUUCAUCAGUAGCGGCAUCGAAUCGCCCCCUCACAUCCUCAAGGCUUCCUCAAGGCUUC